AUGGGUUCACAAGCAUUCGUUGCAAUUCAUACAUCAAAUGUUACCAUCAGAGCAUACACAUCUCCAAAAACCAGUUAUGUGACAAUGCUACAAGAGGGUAAUCUCAGUUUUUCAGUUUAUAGCCUUUCUGCUUCAUACACCCGUAGGCCUUACUCUUUCUCACUCUCCAAUCUUCGAUCCUAUGGAAGCAUUAAUUUCAUAUCCGACAAGGUUUCUAAAGUCACUAAAGAUGUGAACUCACAAACCGUGUUGAGAAACGUUCAUGAAAUAAUGAUGCCUAUUGGAGUGAUGAUGGGUCGUCACUUGAAGGUGUUUGACAGUUUAGGAGACACUUGGUUUCACUUACAUCGAGCAUGCCAAUCAUUGGCCUUUUUUAUCGCCAUUGUUGGGUUUGGGACUGGUUUGUAUAUUGGAAAACAUUAUGGGGUUCAUCAUGCUCCUCUUCAAUGCGUUGGAAUCAUUCUAAUGUGUCUUGCAUCUGCACAAAUUUGUAUUGCUGUGUUUUUUGGGCCUAAGAAGGAUCACAAGUACAAAAUAUUUUGGAACAUGUUUCGUUACGUAGUUGGUUACACAACUAUUGCCUUGACCACAUGGAAUGUUUUAAAAGGUUUUGAUAUUUUGAAUGUUGAGAAUGUGUGGAAGAAGAGUUAUUUAGGCAUAAUCAUAUCGUUGGCUACCAUUGCUAUCACUUUGGAGGUCAUAACACGAAUUUUAGUUUGCAACAACAGGAUCACGAACUCUUAA